AAGUUGCUGGAUAACCCAAAUGACCUCGAUAAUCACGUUAGUUGACACCGUUUCUAUGGCAUGGUGCCCCAUAGGAUCAUAAAGUGAUAACGGCUGAAUGUCCAAAAGUUUUUUUAUGAAUUUACUCUUUAGUACCAAUAUUGCUUGACAACUUUACACUUCUAACAGUGUAAUAUUACAGUGCUAAGAUACUUAUUGUCAAGCAACCGUGCUUUAGUACUUAUAUCUAGGAAAAUUUAGGAUUUUGUAACUCAUUUUGUCGGUCCCUUAUUAUUAAACAGUCAGCCGUUUCAUAAAACUCAGAGUUGUGGGAGACAUGGGCGAGUGUACAGAUCAAAGGCCGUCAUUUCUUCGAGCGACGGUAAAGUUGCGAGAUGCUGAUGAGGACUUGUUGAACUGUUGUGGCGUGACUCAACGUCAAAGGGAGGAGGAUGCCAUACAGAAAGUGAACAACCGCAUUUUUUUUAUGGGGAUCACCAAAUAUGGAUAUCAGAAACCGAUUCGAGAGGCCAUCAACCCCAAAUUUCGGGACAAGUAUGAGGGGCGUCCCAGUUUGGAACAGUUCCUACCAAAACCCAACGCAACUGACAUUGAUGAAAGAUUGGCCGAGAACUUUCACAACAUUGACAUCUACUCAGGUCUCGUGGAUGGCAGGAACUAUGGGAGAUUCAGUCGACUGAGUCGUCAGAAAUUGCGACAUGCUCGGAACCCUAAAGGAACUGAGGAAACCUUUUGCGUCCCCAUCACGAACAGUAUGAAUUAUGGAUGGUGGAUUCGCGACCAGAAAACUCUUGAUGAGAACAAGUGGUUCGCAGUUGCUCAGCGUUUUCCACAAGUUCGAGGGGAAAUUACACGGUUUGUGGAUGAAAUGGCAUUACACUCGCCAAACUUUAUCCUAUUUUGAAGCCCAAAUCUUUCAACGUGUUUAUGUAUUAGACAAUUGAAUGGAGAAACGUUAAAUCAUUAAAUAUUAAAUCAAGACACAGCGCUUCAUUUUAUAACCAA